GACGUCUGACUGAGUCUAACACUGGACACCGGACUUAAAAAUCCACCUAGAUAACUUUGUUGUGCGUUCAUUCAUAAAUCUAUUCUUGACCGAGUGCUCCGUCCAAAUUGUUUAAUUUUUCAUCCAGUAGCUGCACAUCAGCUCAACGACGAUGGCGGUGGAGUGCAGCAUGAGCAAAGACGACGUCGAAACGCUUGUCGGCCUGUUGAUGGAAGACUGUAAUAAAAUUGUAGACCAGCUUGACUCUCUGAAGUAUUUGAAUUAUAAAAUCUUCGCCGAUGUUUGGAAAGACAUGCGAUUCUCCAUGAUUUUCUGGAGACCAACGUUGGAAAUGGCGUUUGAAAAUGCAGAAUUGGUUCUGUUCGUGGUGAAAAACAUGGUUUUGCCGCCCAACACCUUAUCUCGUCGACUAUGCAGCAUGUACCUCCUCUAUGGGGUGUAUGUCAAACAACCAGGAGAGGACUACUGCAAAUUCAAGAUCACUCUAGAUGAGUGGCAGGAAUUGAAUGAGUUAGUGCAAUUCUGCGUGAAGGAGGAAUUGAAAGAGCACGUUUUUAUUUUCUGCAAAUUGAUCCAGAGAGAGGCAUUUGAAUUUUGCAUCAGCCCCAUUGAUUUAACGUCCGAAAAACACAUCGAACUAGCCAGGUCCAAGCACGCAGAUCUCAAAUUCCCUGAGGGUUUAGAACUGGGAAAGGAAAACCAGCUGGAGAUGCUAAUGGACUCUGAACUGUUCCUAAAGCUUGCAAAUGUUGAGAAGGCGUACAAUGACAACAAGUGCCUUGAUUUCAAGGGCGAGCUGGAGCCAAUCAUCGACCUCGCCACUCACUUGAGGAAAAUCUGCAUUUCCAAGUCUGGCAAGGAAUACGAAGGGCUGAGGGACCGCCAGAGAAGUGCCAAUAUGGCCGCGCUUGAUGAGCAAGAAACGUCGUUGACCCCAAUUUCCUCGAAAACUGGCAGCAAGAAGAGUCCUGCCUCCCUCACCUCCUACUCGUCACUGCCUACUGCUGGCGCGUGUGCUCUGCUGCCGGAGGUCUCUGAAAAGAUGGGCAGGUCAAAGAAACCCAAAGGCUAUGCCAUUUCAAGCAAAACCAAGACUCCAGCUGAACUGAAGAUUCUUUUACCUCCUGAAGGCUAUGAAUAUGUGCACUCCAAAAACAGCCGAACUCUGUUCAGGAAGACAGUGCCUAGCUUGGAAAACAAAGUCACCACAAAUAAACUUGUCUUGAAGAAGAAAAGGACAUCUGGAGGAUCAGUUGCUUCGGUUGAGAGUGCUUCAACGGUGACCCAGAGCAGUGUCUCCUCUCCCGAGACCAUGAGCUCAAAUCAAAGUAUGCCACUGCUGUAAAAUCAGCCAAGCAUAAAUUAAGGCGGUUAUCUGCCCUCGGCCCGUUGGUGAUAAAAGGACAAUGAUGCAGGUGUGCGGCCACCAACACCUCUUGAGCAGUCCGCCCACCAGCGUUAUGGGCCCACUUUCAAUUUAACUCGAGCGCAGAAUUUGUUUACUGCUGUUUUCAACCUUUUCCGAGACUGCAACACAAUGAAGUAAUAAAUAGCGAACAAAAUGUGUUUUCAUGUGCGAACUUUGAAUGAUUUUGUGCUCAAAAUUAUUUUUCAAAUCCACUCCACCUUCUCUCCAGUCUGCAAAGCACUAAAAAAGUGUCACAAAUUUGAUUUAUGUGUCGUAAUAAAAGGCCAAAAA